ACUAUAAAACCCUAGCCAACGUUUAAGCUUCCCUAUUCGGCCGCUCCAGCCUCCCACCCGGACCGAAAAAACGGAGGGAAAACCGGGGGGAAAACAAAGGAAAAAUCAAGGAAAACUAGAAAAAGCGGAAAAAAUCGAAAGGAGCAGAUACAAUGUCUCUCUCAACAAUAUUCAGACGAGUGGGUCUCAAAGAUCUUGUUUCAAAUGCUCCUGUCUACAGUGGUGCCCGUGAGGCAUCCGGAGGACUGAACUUGAUUUUCAGGCGAUGGGCCACGAAAAAAAGUGCAGGAUCCACAAAAAAUGGUCGUGACUCUAAACCCAAGAACCUAGGUGUGAAGAAAUUCGGCGGAGAGAGAGUGAUUCCUGGGAACAUCAUUGUUCGCCAACGGGGUACUCGAUUCCACCCUGGGGAUUAUGUUGGGAUGGGAAAGGAUCACACUUUAUAUGCCCUGAAAGAAGGAAAUGUGCGGUUUGAACGCCACAAGCUGAGCGGCCGCAAGUGGGUGCAUGUUGAUCCUAAGGAUGGUCAUGUUCUUCACCCCAUCUAUGCAGAUGCUGCUACUAUACCGGAUGCUGAGAGCCUGUUAUGCUAGUUAUAAGCAUUCAACCUGGGUGUAAGUUGAUAGGAGCCUGAACAACAGAACUUAAAAUAUUUUCUUCUGUAUGCUUGUAAUAACCGAGCUUUGAAACACUUUGGACUUCAUUUUCAACAAUCAUAACAGAUAAAAGUGGGUGUCAAUGAUCCAAACUGGAAAGUCAUGCUGUAAGUGCUUGGAAGCUUGAUUGUGAUAUUGUAGCAUGAUGAUUUUGCUUCAAUGCUAGAAACUGCAAAACAUUAUGUAAGAUACAGUUGAAGGCAAGGUCUACAUUGAAUUACUGGACAUAUAAAGAAAAGUUGAUUGAAG